CGCACGUGGAGUGCGGGAGGGGAAGCUGGAAAGAGACGAGUCCAAGGAAGGAGGCUGCUGCAGAGAGAGGGGAGGGGAGAGAAACGGAGCGAUCUCUUUGUUCCUUUGCCCUGUUUUUGCAUUAGGAACAUGGGAAGCUGCCUUAUACUGAGUCAGACCCUCGGUCCAUUAUUGUCUGCACAGACAGGCAGCGGCUUCUCCAAGGUUACAAGCAGGAGUAUUCUGGGGAGGUGCUUCUUUCCCCUCCACCAGAACUUUAGUUCUGCAGAGCUGUGGAGGGAGGCGAGCCCUAAAAAGAGAGAAAUGCAGGACUUGAGCAAUGUGGCCUCUCAGAUUCAAAAAGAAACAGGAGAAGGGCCAGAGGCGGGUGGAGGCUUUGCUUCCUUCCUGGGCAGAAGACUCAGCCCAAGAAGUCAAACAGGGAGGCUAGGCUCAGAGGGAGGCAUUUACAAAAGAAAGGGAUGGUGCUUGGGGCCCUCCUCACUUCCGGCACAGCGCCCAUCCUUUGGGAAAAGGUGGCCCUGAUUUCCCCACCUGUCAGCGCAAGGGGCAUGUAGAAUGCAGCAGGGGCUUCCAGGCAGCAGUGGAAGUCCUAGGAAUGGGGGCGGGGGCAGAAGGGACAAAGUGCACUUCUGGGAUGUCUCCCACAUGUUAGAUUUCUGAAACACAAAUGGAUGGGCCAGGUGUGUGUGUGGGGGGGGGACUACUUGUUCUAAGGGAGUGCCUUCCCCCUCACCUUCCCAGAAGCCACCCCUGUCAGGCAGAAAAGUGUUAAGGGAGAUCUCUUGAGUGCUCAGGUGGGGACACCCAAAGCAGCCAGUGGAGGGUUAACAGGCUUACUCAGACCCAUGUAACUUAGAAGGUGCACACCCUCAAUUGCAUAUCUGAGGUCGCUUGCUAUGCUUUGAAACUAUGGGUGGAAUGAUUCAAAAUGCUCAGAGCAUCCUUUCCCUACUGCAGUUGUUCUCCUAGUUGGGCAGACAGGUUGCUAUCAUAGAGUGAACCCAGAAACAUAGAGUAGAUCUAGCCCUUGUGAGAAGAAGCAGGGAGGGAGUUGUGGGGGACAGACCACCAGAGAUGUGGGUUUAUCUGGAUAUUUUUAUCUUUUGGGAGGAUACAAGUUUUAUAAAUGUUAGAGAAUUUGCUGUCCACAUUUUCCUGAUGCUCUAAAUAGAUUGUGAUGCAACUUAAAGUGUUAUCUGACCUGUACCUUUACUAAAAAAGAGAGAAACUAACCUUGUUACACUUUUUCCCCCAAAUAAAAAUGCCCUCUCACACAUUUCCUAGAGAUAAUCAUCUGAAAAAUUUUACUGCAACCUUGAAAUUGCCAAGCUGGCAUCCUAUUGUUAUUAUUAUUAUUAUUAUUAUUACAUUUAUAUCCCGCUCUUCCUCCCAGGAGCCCAGAGCAGUGUACUACAUACUUAAGUUUCUCUUUCACAACAACCCUGUGAAGUAGGCUAGGCUGAGAGAGAAGUGACUGGCCCAGAGUCACCCAGCUAGUUUCAUGGCUGAAUGGGGAUUUGAACUUGGGUCUCCCUGGUCCUAGUCCAGCACUCUAACCACUUCACCACGCUGGCAUCCAUUCAUUGUUACUAAUAUAUUUUAUGAAUCACCUCCUUUUAGAGAUAGAAAAUGCUCCAUGGAAAAAUUAACUGGGGAAGAUUUCCAGAAAUUUUCAGCCCCACAUCUCUCCAGAUCAGUGGUCGGAGUGUUGUGUGGAGACCUGCCCAGAUGAAGGAUUGUUAAUAACAAUCCGUAAAUCUUGCCAUUCACCUGAUUCUUCUUAAAGGGACAAGCCUCUAGUAGCUAGAAUAAUCCAUUUUUAUUAGGGAUGAGCUCGAAAGUGCUUUGGCACCGGCAGGGGUGGUUCUUUAAGGGUGGGGGAGGGUGCACUCACCCCUCCCACCGCAUUUCCCCCACCAGCACCCCGUUAUUUUCAAGCCUCUCGGGGCGGCAGCAUUCCUCCCUGCUGCCCCAUUGCCCUCAUUGGUUGGAAGUGGCUGGAAGUAGCGAUUGCAUGUGUGCCGAAACCCCCCCAGAGCCAAAACGUUUCAGAGACCUUUAUAAUGGCCUCUGAAACAUUUCAGGCUCAAGCCUAAUUUUUACUUCUAAAAUUCCUUCCAGUUGCAUUGCAGAACACGAUUCUGCAGGGAAAGAAAGUUGUUGACUACUCAGGACUUGAUAGUCCCACCUGCUUGGAGAUUCCUCCCUUAAAGAGAGAAAUUGACUGGAGAGCAAGGAGACCUUUCGGUAUUCCCGGAAGCUGCAUUGGAGUACAGAUCAAAGAUGGAAGAGGAAGGCUCAGCUGACCCCGGAGCAGUAAGAGGCCACGAAGUUGGUAGUACUGGGGAACUCUGGGGAAACAUACAACAGAUAUUCCUGGGAGAGGACACCACCGGCUCAGAUGUCCAGCGCCAGCGCUUCAGGUGGUUCUGCUACCAGGAGGUUGAGGGGCCCCGAGAGGUUUGCAGCCAACUCUACAGCCUUUGCCAUCAGUGGCUGAAGCCAGAGAGACACACAAAAGCUCAGAUCCUGGACCUGGUGAUCCUGGAGCAGUUCUUGAGCAUCCUGCCCCCAGAGAUGGAGAGCUGGAUUAGAGAAUGUGGAGCAGAGACCAGUUCCCAGGCAGUGGCCCUGGCAGAAGGUUUCAUCUUGAGCCAGGCACAGGUCAAGAAGCAGGAAGAGCAACAGAAGCAGAAGCCAUCAAAAGUAGACAGUGAUUUCUCUGAGGCAGAGAUGACUCUGUCAGACACCAGGUGGAUCAUGCAGGGUUGUGACAGAGGGACCAGCUCUCUAGGUGGGGAAAUUAUACUGGCUCUUUGUGGAAGAGCGGAGAUGGCCUCUGUACAACUGGACCAGAGCCCAGUGACCUUGGAGGAGUUGGCGGUGAAUUUCACGGAGGAGGAGUGGGCUUUGCUGGAUCCGGACCAAAGGGGUCUGCACAGAGAAGUCACGGAGGAAGUCUGCGGGCAUCUGGCCUCUUUGGGCAUCAUUUUCCACUCAUCACAGACAAGUAGACUGGUGGAUUUCCUGAGCCCUGCUUCCUUGCAUCCAACCACGGCCAGCCCUAGGGUUUUUGGUGCCAUAGCUGAAAUUUGACUUUGGCCAAGAAAUGCCACCAGCCAAGAAGUGCAGAGCCCUGGCUUUAACUUGAUCCAUGCAGGCUGCCCAUUCACUGGGUUGAAUUACUAGCCCAUAUGGAUGACCAGCAAAUGACUAGCCCAUACUGGUGGGAGAUAUGGUGGCAGAGAGCUCCCAGUCUAUUACGGGGGCAGAAGUCUAACACUUCAGAGAUGAAAAGAUGCUGCUGUUAGUUUGGAAAUCCAGCCUGAGACCAUUUCUUUUUUGGAAAUGAAUGCUGAGGCAGGCAAUUCAUAGUCAAGGGCAGAAGUGCAGCUUACGAGACUAGCUGUUAAUUGAUCACAAAUACAUUUAUGAAUACGAAUACAUUUAUAUACUGCUUUUCAACAAAAAUUCCCAAAGCUGUUUACAUAGAAAGAAAGAAAACAGCUGCCUGUCCCCAAAGGGGCUCACAAUCAAAAAAAGAAACAUAAGAUAGACACAAGCAACAGCCACUGGAGGAUGCUGUGGAACAUAGGAAGCUGCCAUAUACUGAGUCAGGCCAUUGGUCCAUCUAGCUCAGUAUUGUCUACAUAGACUGGCAGUGGCUUCUCCAAGGUUGCAGGCAGGAGUCUCUUGGAGAUGCCAGGGGGGGAACUGGGAACCUAGAUGCCCUUCCCCAGAGCGGCUCCAUCCCCUAAGGGGAAUAUCUUACAGUGCUCACACUUCUAGUCUCCCAUUCAUAUGAAACCAAGGCAGACCCUGCUUAGCUAAGGGAACAAGUCAUGCUUGCUAUCACAAGACCACCUCUCCUCUGUGCUGGGGAUGGAUAUGGCCAGUUGCUCUCCCCCUGCUCAAUAAAGAGAAUCACCACUUUAAAAAGGCGCCUCUUUGCUCAGAUAGCAGGGGAGAGGUACAGUUAAUUGGGGGCUGAUGUACAAUGAACCAAGGAGACUGUGCAUUUUGGGGUGCAGAAUGAGCAGGCCAUUUGAGAAGCAGGGUAGAGUAUUACAUGUUACAGUCUUGCACCACUAGGCAAUUCUCCAGGGGUGCAAUAGAAGAGAGACACAGAAUAAUUGGCAGUGCUUUAUUCUGGCACUUUUUAUGCACAUCACCAUACCCCAAGAAUCAGUGCUGUUGGCAAUCGCCUAGGUCUGCCUGGUUGACAAGCUGGCAGCCUAUAUAUAGCCCUCUGUCAUUGGACACAAAGCCACCUAAGGGCACAGCGGGCAAGUAAGUUGCCUAGCGAGCAAGAGGUUGCCGGUUUGAAUCCCUGUUGGUGUGUUUCCCAGGCUAUGGAAAACACCUACAUCAGGCAGCAGCGAUCUAGGAAGAUGCUGAAAGGCAUCAUCUCAUACUGCACGGGAGAUGGCAAUGGUAAACCCCUCCUGUAUUCUGCCAAAAAAACCCAACACAGGGCUCUGUGGUCACCGGGAGUCGACACUGACUCGACAGCUUGAUUAGACACAAUAUUCCUCCAGGCGGGUCUGAUGGAAGGAGGCUUUCUUUCAUACAAAGGGAUCCCAGUGUUCCCCUUGCCUCCCCCUGGGAUAACUCUAUUAAGGCAUGUUGCAGAACAUCAAUUUUACGACAUCCCUCACCCUGCCAUAGGGCCAGAGACUUUUUACUAUGUUGCAGGAUUUCCUUCCCCAUAAAGACAUUUGUGAUUUUAUUUAGACAACAGUGAACUGGCUUGUUCUCAUAUGAUGCUCCAUUUUUCCCUGCUUGGG